AUUUAUUUCCCCGUGAACACAAUUCGGACCGCAGUUGUAUGAGUAGUCCCGGCACCCGGUUCAAUGAUCCAUUUAUUUGCAUUCGCCUACUCUGUGUGUGGUGGGUAUAGUGCGUCCUCACUCUCGCUCGUCCUUCCGAAAUCGGGAAACGGGACGUAAAAGUGAUUUUUGACAAAAAUGGCUACCCGACAAAGUGUCCCAGGCGUUAGUUCGAGCCGAUAAUACGGAAAUGUCUGUUUGUGUAUGUGAAAAUAUGCAGUUUAUAAGUGAACAAUUGUUUCGUGCUGUGCAAUAGUGCAUACGGAUUUGUCUCGACAAAGGAUAAUAUCGUCAAAAUGAGCGAGCAGUCCAUAAGCAGCGCGCGCGCCUCCGUGAUGGUGUACGACGACAACGUGAAGCGAUGGAUACCGUCAGGGUCGAGCGCGGGCGUCUCCAAAGUGCACAUAUACCACCACACACAGCACAACACCUUCCGCGUGGUGGGACGCAAGUUAAACGACCACGAGGUGGUGAUAAACUGUGGCAUAGUACGCGGACUGAAGUACAACCAGGCGACUGCGACGUUCCACCAGUGGCGAGACGCGAGACACGUCUACGGGCUGAACUUCUCAUGUCGCGAGGAUGCUGACAGCUUCGCCAGGGCUAUGAUGCACACCUUGGAGAUAUUGGCGAACAAACCGGCGGGCAAUUCGGCGCCGCCGCCGCCUCAGCCGCCGAACCCGCCGGCGCCCUACAACGGUCACAACAACAACACGCACAACUACGACGAGGAUAUGGGAUACAGAACGAUGACGCGAGAAGAUGCGGCGAUACUGCAGCAGCCCGCCUACCAUCAGCCUCACAAUCCUCCCGCCCAGUACCACGCACCGCACCAUCACCAUCAGGAACGGCAGCCGCAAUACCACCCGCAGACCAGUCAGUACCACGCCCCUCAACACCAGCAACCGCAGCCCCCCCCGGCGGCCCCCCUGGCCCCCGCGGCCCCCGCGCCGCCCCCGCACGGCACGCACCACACGCUGCCCCACCAGCCCGCGGCCGCGCAUCCCACGCACCCCACGCACCACCGCACCAGCAGCGCCCCCAUGCCCCCCAACAUGUCUCUAGCGGCGGCCCCCGCGCCCCCACCCGUGCCCCCACACCAGAAUUUGCCCCCACAGCCUUCGAACAACGGUCCCAUUGGUCCGCCCACACCUCCCGCCGCCCCACAACCACCGCCAAUGGUCAACAAUAACGUUAACUCGACACCGCCGGCGCCGCCCCCUCCCCCCGGCGGCCCCGCGGGCCCCAGCACAGUGAAUGCCUCCGGGGUCAAUGCCCCCGGGGUCAACGGCCCCGCGUUCAACUCGUCGCCCCCGCCCCCGCCGCCGCCGCCCGCGCCCCCCGCCCCGCCCGCCGCUGACAUCAACGGCCUGGCGCAUCAACUGCAGCAAGCGAGGCUGAGACGGACGGGGAAUGCGCCCACACCUAGGAGCGGCACGCAGUCGGAGGCGGCGUCGCCGGGCGGCGGGGCGGAGCACUCGGGCUCCUCGUCAUCGUCCGCGGGGUCGGCGCGUGCGGGGGGCGCGGGGGGCGCGGGGGGCUCCGCGGGGGGCUCCGGGGGGGCCGCGGGGGGAGGCACGCUGCACUCCAUGAUGCACGAGAUGGCGAGAACGCUGGCACGGCGUAGGGCGCACUUGGAUCGGGCUGAGGAGUCGACCAACGAUGGCACCAAUUGCGGCGUGACGAAAACUUGGGAACGCGCCGCAACUCUACCUCAUCGCUUACCCGCCAACUGCAAUGGAACCACGCCACCGGAAAGUGCGCAAGCGGCGCCGGCAUCGCCGCGUUCGGUUCGCAAGCGGUUCGGAUCAGCCAGCGAGGAAACUAUACUGAAGCAAGUGAAUGGUGGUGGCGAAUCGAUAUGCGUCCCCGCCGGGGAAUGGGAAGCCUUCAAGCAGGAGCUACUGCGUGAAGUUCGUGCGCAACUUCAGACCAUGCGCCGAGAGAUAUUAGACGCUAUGAAGGCGGAAUUCGCUCGCAGAUAAGGGAAGGGGCCGCGAGCGUCGCCGAGUGACAAGCUAGUCCGCCCUGACGACGACGGUGAACAAAUAUUUUGUACCUUAACUACUACAACUUAAGACCUAUUUUUAACUGUACACUAUCAGCUAUGUUAGACAAAACAAAUAUUAAACAUUUUGUACUGUAAUCUCCUCUAACAAUGAUGAACUAAAGAAAUGGGUAACGUUUUUAUUGAAGCUUCAACAACUUCGACUUAUUUUACAUUGUACACUGUUCAUAAUGGCUCAAUUACAUGUGGUCGUUAGUCCGUAUUCGGGUGCCCGAAAGACGUACUCGAAUUCGGACCCCCGAAGAAAUAAUUACACUGAAAUAUGGGCUGGAAGAUGGUGUCCGGUAACCAAAACGAAAAAUUCCCGAAUACGCGCUACGAGCUCACUCGAUUCCUUUCAUUUACACGUCGUUUACCCGAAUUACAUUGGCACUACUAUUCGGGCUAACGGCCAAGUGUAACCGCGCCAUAACUGUACCAAACAAAAUAUCUUGGUAGUUAUAACUGUAUCAAAUAAAUAGUAAAUUAUAUGAAACAUUCUGUACUCUAAUGACCUCAACUUACGACCUAUUUUACAUUGUACACUCUAACUAUCAAACCAAAAUAUGUAUAGAACGUUUAGAGUCUAAUUUAACUGCGAAGAGAAUUUCGCUUUGUUCGGUGUAAAGUAUUUGUGGUUUAUGUCGACCCCAUAAAGUUCAAUUUUGAACGAUAUUUCAUUUAAAGGCUAAAGUUUUUUUGUUUAUUAGUAUUGUUUUCACUAAACUAAAUGUAAUUAGGACUGAAAUUAGUUUACUAAAUUAGUAGUUACUACUAAAUUUCUAUUUGGCCUUGUAGGGUUUCGGCUUAAUACGCACAUUCAGACCUAACUUAUAAAUAAGUCUGUUUUUUUUAAACAUUUUUAUAUCCUUACGUUCUGCAUAGAAACAAAUUUAAAUUGUACUUGAUCUAUAUAUUUGCAAACGCUACCUUUGGUUAUUAUACAGUAUAUCUAUGCCUAAAUGAAACAAAAUAACAAGUCUGAUAGUUUCAUAGAAAUCUUUCUUUUUCAUUCAAUUUAAUUAUACACGCUGAUGCCUGAAAGUUUUUUUACAAUAUCAAUUAAUAUUCUUUUAAGUUAAGCAACUUUACUCUCUUAAAACAUUGGAACGAACGAACAAUUUUCAAACGUAUUUGUAAUGACACAAGACUUAAUAUUAAGCUGACAUUUUAUGCAGACAAGUAUUAAAAUGCGGAUUGUCUAAAGAUAUUUGUUCACCGCUAUCAGUUAGGUAUAAUGUGAUUAAAUCAACGUACUACAUAUAUAAAUAAAAAAUAGGUAUGUCAAACUGGUCGUUAACAGCGACCGUGCGACAUGGCAACACCUGACGUUUCGACAGGGUUACCAAUAUGAAAUUUAAUAAAAAAUCCACUGCGCUUUUUCAUUUCCAAUACGCCGUAAUUUCUUUUAGAUCUUGAAACAGUUUAGAGAAUACUUGAUUGUUAAUUGAGAUUUUAAAAUACUUGAAGUAUGAAACCUCGAGUGUUGCCAGUAGAUGGAGACCAUUCUGCUCCGUUUUUUAAUAAAGCGUUGAGACGUUUUUAAUAUAAUAAUAAUAAUGAUGAAAAAAAAACGCGAUUUGUUUAAAAAGUAUGUACCUAUAUAAUGGAAAAACUCAUCAAUCGACCGUGAUUUUCGAUUGUGAUCGGUGUUAAACGAUAACGAAAUGGUAACUAGACGUAGCGCACGAAACGAAGCAUAAAGGAAGUUGUGUUUUUUUUUAAUUUUAUACUUAAAAAAUAUUUAUUCGGAUACGUAUAAUGUACGUAGUUGUAAGGGUACGUCGAUACGUCGUCAUUAUAGUUUUCACUAUCAACAGGUUAUUGAAAUAAUUCAUAUGAAUAUAGAACAUACACGUUUUGAAUAUUUUUAUUUAAAGUAUAUUUUUCACCUGGAUUUUUUUCUGAUUUAACAUAUUUACUUAACAAUAUUAUAAAAUAUCUGCACUGAAACUAUAUUAUUACAUAGACUAGUUGGCAUCUAUUUGUAACCAACCAGCCAGCCAGGCCUUUUUCAUUGUACUACAAUGAAAUAUACAAUAAUAGUAAAUAUACAGGGGAAAAAAACAAAUUAAAAAAAUUUUUUUUUUUCUGAUUUAUGAUAUUUACCUAACAAUUUUAUAAAAUAUCUGCACUGAAACUGUAUUAUUACAUGGACAAGUUGGCAUCUAUUUGUAACCAACCAGCCAGCCCUAUUUUAUUGUAGCACUUUCGAUAACGAAGUUCAAACGAAAUUUAAUUUCGUCAAUUUAAGGUUAUACUUAAUUUGUAUGAUAAACUUACAAAUAGAAGCUUUCUUUGAGUAGGCUUACGAAAUCUACACCUCAAUAUAUAUACCGACGGCUAAUAUUAUUAUAAUUAAAAACGAGCCAGUAACAUUGUAAGAAAAGUGUGAAGUAAAUUUAGUUUAAAACCUCCAGGCCUCCAGGUUCGAAUCUUGUUGAAAAAACAGUCACAUUGUGUAUAUAAGUAUGUUUAUAGUGAAUACUAUAUGAUGGAAAAAAUAUGUGUAAUAACCAUGUAGCACCAUAAAGUAACUAGUAUUAUCCAAUAUUUAUUGCGCGGCAAGUUACGCCCGUGUCUAGACUAAGUUAUAACAUAUAAUUAUAUAUAUAUGAAAGGUAUUACGAUAUAUGUAUGUUUAUGUGUGUUACGUGAUUUUCUCUACUUGCCGGGUGAUAUGAAACUGUUUCAAAUGGAAAUUGUUAUUAAUAUUUUGGAAACAGUGAUAAUUAAUAAUCAAUAUAUCUGUAGAUUAGCGUUUCUUUAUGGUAUAUGUGUACACUCGUUCAAGUCGAAUUUCGUACCCUGCAGCACAAAGGAGUUUAACUGCAAAAGUGAAAUUUUACAGUAAAAAGUUAACGCGAAACUUUUUGAAAUGUUACGCAAGUCAUAAUUUAACGUUUGCUUUUAAGUGUACACAAUUCUUUUAUUUAUUAAUAACACAAAGCAAUAUCAACUUUAAGUCUGUUUAUUUUAGUUGAAUUUAAAAAGUUUUCAGUUCAUUUACAGGCUAAGGCGGUGUUUAUGUUGCUACAUAGCCUAGCUUUUUAACUUUCAUGUGUAUUUGGGAAAUUCCUGAAUUGAUUUUAUUCAUACAAGUUACAACAACCAGUUUAUUUUACUUAAAUUUACCAAAGUAUCAAAUAUAUUGAAUUUACACUAGGAAUUAUCGAAAUUGGCAGUUGCACUCCUUCGUUCCGCUGGGGACGAUUCCCCAAACAGUAGGUUAUCUUCGACCAUAGUCUGCCGUAGCUAAGGCUUUACACACUUAAUCCCUUCACUUUGAUAAAAGUCUUCCAUAAAAAUAAGUUUCCGACUUUCAUUAUUUGAAUACGUUUAAACAAACAAUGCUGUUUUGUAAUGUAGUCCAUAUAAUCUUGUAGAUGUUCAUGACCAAUAAAAGUAUUAUCAGCGAGUCAUUUCAAAGUGACUUUGUCUCGAAUCUGGGUGUUUUUCGCUCCAAAAUCAUUUUGUAAUAUUUUUGCUUGUAAACAUCUCGAGGCAGAGUUAUUUAUGUGAGGUUAUGUUAUUUACUAGAAUGUCCACUAUAGAAAUCAUAUUAUAGGCCAAACUAGAUGUUAAGAAGCUUCAUAGAUUGUUCUCAUCAUUAUUACAUGUGUAGGUAGCGGCAAACUUCUUUAAAAAAAACCACAGGCAAAUUAACUUGCGCAGUAGAAGUUUUUGUAUGUAAAAUUGCCACUGCGCAGGUUGCGCUGUCUAUUGUUGAUGCCCAUGAAGUUUCCCGGGAGGUAUGUCUACGCUUCAUAGUGAUCACUCUUAUUUACCCGGCAGUAGAGUCGAAAAUCCAUUUAAACUAACACAACACACGUAACGAAAUAAAAGUACACGGCAAUAGCAGUACAGACAGAGUAAAGAGCAUUCGUUGAUUCGAUAUUUCGAGCAGAGUGAAGUUAGGCGAGUUUGGCUUUAAAAUAUUGGGAGUUUUUAGUUUGUAAGUGAUGAUAUUUGGACUGAGGUAGUAUCAUUCCAAUGGCGAGAGACCCAGGUCAGGAUCGGCCUACAAUGCGUUUUGGUUUUUUACCUACAAACCCGUAUAUGAAACACCAGUUUUUUACUAUUUACAUUUUUGUACGCGAUUAUACAAAGUAGAUGUAUUGAUGACUCGAUUGGAUUGUUUUUUUUUUGAUUGCCUGCUUUAGAUGCCCGAAUCAGGACUGUGUGAAUGACUUGUUAAAGAAUUUUGUACGUUAAAUCCAGUGGCAAACACAAGUUUGCGAGUAUGACAUGGCAUUUAUACUUAUCGCAAUGGAAUAAGGUUCAUUAUGUCAAAAGUUGUAUACACAAUUUUUGCAACGAAUCAGUUAGCCGCACAUUAAUAAUGAAAAUUACUUGAAAUAAAAGAAUGAAAUCUUAUUGGUUAAAAGUUACAGAUAUCCAUCAAGUCGACACUUCGCUUUGCCAUUCGAAUUUGCUAUUUAUUAACUUGACAGCAGUAACUUCUGAUCAUGCUUAAUAAGGAAUAAUAAGGACAGUAUGAUAUCAAGUUUACAAUGAUAAGGACAGUAUGAUAUCAAGUUUACAAAGUUAAGGAUAGUAAGAUAUCAAGUUUACAAUGAUAAGGUCAGUAUGAUAUCAAGUUUACGAUGAUAAGGACAGUAUUAUAUCAAGUUUACAAAUAGCAAACACGAAUAGCCAAGUGAAGUGCGGCAUAUUUGUAGAUGUUUGUGUGUUUUUAAGUACUCUACAUUAUGUGAUUUGGUCUAGUUAGCGGGUCCCUGAUGGUUUGUCAUAACAAAUUUCCUACUGAUAAAUUUAAAUCAAAGAUUACUAUAUUUCUUUUACUUACUUAUCUGACACUUUAAGUAUAACUUAAGUUAGAUGUGUUAUGGAUACGAUCAAAUAACGUACUACAUAUAUAAAUGAAAAAUAGGUAUAUCGAAUGGAUGUUUAACAGCAGCACAUGGCAACACUUGACGUUUCGACGGGGUUACCAAUAUGAAAAUAAAAAAUACACUGCGCUUUUUCGUUACGAAUCCGCCGUAUUUUUUGUAUAUCUUGAGUUUAGAAAAUACGCGACUGUCAAUUGAGAUUUUAAAGUACUCGAAAAAUGAAACCGUGAGUGUUGCCAGUAGAAGGAGACCAUUCCGCUCCGAUUUUAAUAUGCCAUUUAAUUCAUACGCCAUCGAAAAACUGCGCUGAAAACUGAUUGAAUAUUUUUUCCUUGCAAGUUGUUUUUGUUUUUAAUGUGCGAAUGUCAAAUAAGCCAGCAGGCAUGUUAGUUGAAUGUUUUUAAAGGGCAUUCUGGUGCUCCAGAGCAGUGGCGGCGCUAGACCACAUGUGGACGUCGGCGACAUCAAUUUCGCGAGGCCUAUUUUACUUCGCAGUAAAAAACAGUUAAAUUAAGUGAGCCAAAUUAUAAAAUAACGUAUGAGUAAACGAGUUUUAUUGUUGAUAAUCAAAUGAUGACAAAAAGUAAUUUUGUAAUUAAUUAUGUUUGUACAUAGAAAUUUAAUUACAAAAAUAGUGUUGCCAGACAGACGAUUCUGAAUACCUGUAAAGUACUAGUCGCUUCCAUCAUGCACGUGUUCGAAAAUAAUAAAAGUCAUUAUCAUCGGCUUAGCUUUUUCCCCGAAUUGUUCGGGGUCGGCUACCUAAGCCAGGCCAGGAGAAACGAAAAUAAAUAGGUAACUUGUAAAAAUUUUUUGCGAGGCCCCCUCAGGCGCGAGGCCGUCGGCGGUGGCCGACGUCGCCGACGCCUAGCGCCGCUACUGCUCCAGAGUUUCGCGAAAAUUCCAAAUACCCAUCAGUGUUUUUGACGGACAUGAUGCAUUUACAGAAUUAGUUUAACUAUUCAUUUCAUCGUUAAGAAACGGCCGAUUUUAGAAUUCCAUAUAGAAAGUGUACUAUUUGAUUAUCUUACACAAAUCCACUAUAAUAGGAAAAGUGGCUAACACUUAGUGAUAUUCGCUAUUAUAACUAUUAUUAUAUAAGUUUAAAAAGAAUGUUAGUAUUAAAAAAAAUCAUUUUAAUAUAUAAAAAUAAUGAUAAACAAGAAAACCAUGGGAAAUAACCAAAUUUUAGUUGGGACGUAUGUUGUAAUGCGAGUGUAACUAAUAUUAAUAAAAUUGUUGGUCUCAGGCAUGUCAAAGAUUUGUAAUCGUUCGCUUGGACUUAGUGAAAAUAUUAUGAAUACAUUUAUAAUAUGUAUGACAUAUUUGGUGACUGUUAGAUAACUUGCUGGUAAAGUAUCAGCUGUAUCGUCUGAGUGCACAUUCGAAAGAAGUGCGGAGAGAUAUCUUUGCUACUGCUCCAACUUCAAUAUUGCCAGUAUGUAGUGCCUACUAGAGUCCUUUUCAUAAUAGAAUUGUCACGACCAUUAAUGGAACUAAUUUGACAAUUCAAAAUAUGACAUCUAUGUGAUGACGGUUAUUCAUAUUUGCUAUUUUUAAACUUAACAAGCCUGUCCUUUUCCCUGCCACAUACACUAGUCAUUGGUUUAAUCUUUAAGGAGCCAUUAAAGAAGAAAUUGAAGUCUGUCCUUAUCAUGAUUUUUAAGGAAUGAAAAAAAUAGCCUAAUGUCAAGACGUAAUUUUUAAAUGACAUUUGUGGGAUGUCAUUAUUCAUCGACUGUAUCCUGAUGAUUUCAAAUUACUGGGUGCUGGCAUAGAUCGAUACAAAAAUAUCAGGCACACGAUAUCUUUCAUAAUAAUGAGUUUUAUCUUCUUGAUAAAUGGGACACAAUUCGCUAUCAGUAACUUUGCCAGCUGGUUGUCUAAACAGGCCUCUAAUGUUAUUUAUGUGCUUGAUUAAUUUAUGAAGUGUCGAGAAAGCUUAUUGACAUUAUUUCUUAAUUAAUUAUGAUUAUUGUAUUAUUUUUACGUUUAGUUGAUUUAAAUUGAUGUCGGUGGAAAUAUGAUUCUUCAAUUAAAACUUACAAGGAUGUCGCUAGAAAAGGAGUCGAUUGAUGGUAAAUAAAUGUAUUUAUUCUCAUCCAGUAUUUGAUUUGUAAAAUGACGAUAAUUGAUAAUUAAUAUAAUGAUUUUUUGUUAGAAAUGUAUGUUUAUUAUUUCGGUGCAGUCUUGUAAAUUGUAAUAGCAUAAAAUGUCUUAUUUUUUACAGGCAACAGCACUCAUUGUCGAUUUUAAACCUUCUGUUGUACAACGUAGGGUUGACAAUCUGUUGAAAGGAAAAUGUUAUGGACGAACUCCUGUGCUGUUGACUGUACCUUUUGUAUAAUUUAUUUCUCCACAUGCAUUAGUAAUAUUUCGCUAGUUUAGGGGUUACCACGCGCGUUGUUUUUACAACUUGUCCUACGAUUUUUGUAGUCAAUUGAUUUAUGUAUUGUACAUAGAUUUUUUUUAGUAUCGAAUGUAUAUUAUAUUAUUUUUUUGUGAUCGUACUCGCUGGUCUUUUAUUUAUAACAACCCAAAUGUGUUUAAUGUGUGAAUACUCUAGUGAAUACUCUGCUCUGUACCC